AUGGUUGCGAUGCCGGGAUUGGACACUGUUUGGACGAUUGCUAAAGUUUUGUUCCGGGUGUAUCAAUGGACAUGCUACUUCUUCGUGUUUAUCCUACUGCUGCCGGUGAUCACACUGUACUUUUUUGAUCUGGUACUGUAUCUCUGUCGACUGGUGAGCUUCUCCUGCCGGUGGCAGGCGUACCACAUCAAGAACCACAGCGGACUUAGUGUAUCGUUCAUUUCCGGGCGGAAUGGACGUAUUCUGAACAGCGAACCUGUGGGAGCCGAGGAAGAGGUGCCGAAGAGUAGCACAUCUGCCGGCGACGGGGAGGGGUGCGGCAGUUCAGGCGUGAGCAUACUGAGUGGGUGCGACAGCGGCAGCGAGCACUCGCUGAGCGAUACGCCGUACUCUCCCAACUACUGCCUGACAAGCUUGCCGCACGAUUUCCACGCCAGGAAGGGCGCCAGCUCGAGAAGAUCGACCAUUGCCGGCAGUGGCGACCGAUUGAAGUGUGCUUCGCUGGUUCCCGAGCAUCUGGGCGAGCUGAUCCGCGCAAACCCACAGUUCACGGAGCUGCGCCGCACCAAGUCCUCCGAGAUAGCCUUGCACUGA